AUGGGCUGGUGAUCCCAUUGGUGGAACUGUCUGCAAAACAGGUUGCAUUUCACAUUCCAUUUGAGGUGGUGGAGAAAGUUUAUCCUCCAGUGCCAGAGCAACUGCAGCUUCGGAUCGCCUUCUGGAGUUUCCCAGAAAAUGAGGAAGAUAUCAGAUUGUACUCGUGUUUGGCAAAUGGCAGUGCAGAUGAGUUCCAGCGAGGGGAGCAGCUGUUCCGAGUGAGGGCUGUCAAAGACCCUCUCCAGAUAGGUUUCCAUCUGAGUGCCACUGUGGUACCCCCACAGAUGGUGCCACCCAAAGGUGCAUACAACGUGGCGGUGAUGUUUGAUCGAUGCAGGAUCACAUCGUGCAGCUGUACCUGCGGAGCUGGGGCCAAGUGGUGUGCUCACGUCGUGGCGCUCUGCCUCUUCCGGAUACACAAUGCAUCUGCGGUAUGCUUACGAGCACCUGUUUCUGAGUCCUUGUCUCGGCUGCAAAGAGACCAAUUGCAAAAAUUUGCUCAGUACCUAAUCAGUGAACUUCCACAACAGAUUCUUCCAACUGCUCAGCGCUUGCUGGAUGAGCUGCUAUCCUCUCAGUCUACUGCCAUCAACACAGUGUGUGGAGCCCCAGAUCCCACUGCUGGACCCUCUGCAUCAGAUCAAAGCACCUGGUACUUAGAUGAAUCUACUCUGAGUGACAACAUAAAGAAAACCCUUCAUAAAUUCUGUGGACCCUCUCCUGUUGUUUUCAGUGACGUGAAUUCAAUGUAUCUCUCUUCCACGGAGCCACCAGCUGCUGCUGAGUGGGCCUGUCUCCUGCGUCCCCUGCGAGGAAGAGAGCCUGAAGGAAUCUGGAACCUGCUUUCCAUUGUGCGGGAGAUGUUCAAGAGGCGGGAUAGCAAUGCAGCUCCUUUGCUGGAGAUUCUGACUGACCAGUGUCUCAACUAUGAGCAGAUAACCGGGUGGUGGUACAGUGUGCGAACAUCUGCAUCACACAGCAGUGCUAGUGGGCACACAGGACGCAGCAAUGGCCAGUCAGAAGUAGCUGCUCAUGCCUGUGCAAGUAUGUGUGAUGAGAUGGUGGUUCUUUGGAGGCUGGCUGUCCUUGACCCGACUAUUAGUCCACAGAGGCGCAGGGACCUUUGCUCACAGCUCAGGCAGUGGCAGCUGAAAGUCAUAGAUAAUGUUAAGAGGGGUCAGCACAAGAAGUCACUGGAGAAGCUCUUCCAGGGUUUCAAGCCAGCUGUGGAAGCCUGUUACUUCAACUGGGAGGAAGCUUAUCCCAUUCCAGGGAUCACAUAUAGCAGCACUGACAAGAAGAACUCAUUCUGUUGGGUAAAGGCCAUCCAGCAGAGGAGCUGCCGGUUGCAGUGUGCAGAAACUGCCUGUGAGGCUGGUAGAACCCAUGGACAGGAGCCUGGGGGACCAUGUCUGCAACCUGGGGACAGGCUGCGUCCCUCUCCCCAGGAGCCAGCAGUUCGUCCGAAGGAACUUACUGGAAAGCGGAAAGUUGUCUCUGAAACGCCGCAGAGGGUUCUGAGACGACUUUCAGCAGAAGGUGAUAAAGCUGUGUAUAAGACUGCAGUGGGCAAAGCGAAGUUGCCAGUGAGCAAAGGCUUGACCAGUAAACAUAGUGGGAAACGCCGCAUGAGCAGUGAAGACAGCUCUCUGGAGCCGGACUUGGCAGAGAUGAGCCUGGAUGACAGCAGCUUGGCUCUGGGGGCAGAAGCCAGCAACACGUUUAGUUUUACAGAAAGCCCACUGAGCAGGAGCUACAGGGACACCUUUGAGGAGGAUGGUGGGGUGUACUUCUCUGAGGGACCUGAGCCCAGUGUCAGGAGCAGUUCCAUGGCCAAGAAAUCGCCCAAGGAUCCUGUUGGAGAAAUGGGUAGUGGUGAUGACGACCUGCCUUCCGCAGAUGAGAACAGUGGUGGUGUGAGCCUGAAGCCGGAAGAAGUGGGAGAGAAUGGUGCAGCAGGGGGAGGGGAUGAUGGAGAAGAGGAAGAUGAUUACCAGGUAUACUAUCUGAAUCCACAAGAGGUAGCCAAGGAAGAUGAUGAGAAAGCUGAAGGGGGAAAUGAAGAGGAGCAGGAUAUAUUUGCUGGUAUAAAGCCUCUGGAGCAGGAGAACCGGAUGGAGAUCCUGUUUGCCUGUGCAGAGGCCCUGUAUGCACAUGGAUACAGUAAUGAAGCUUGCCGCUUAACCGUAGAGCUCGCCAGGGACCUACUGGCCAACCCUCCAGAUCUCAAAGUGGAGCAGCCACCAACUAAGGGCAAAAAGAACAAGGUAUCAACCAGCAAGCAGACUUGGAUGGCAACCAACACCUUGUCUAAAGCUGCUUUCCUGCUGACUGUGUUGAGUGAGCGGCUAGAGUACCACAACCUGGCCUUCCGAAUAGGAAUGUUUGCUCUGGAGCUGCAGAGACCACCUGCCUCUACAAAGGCUCUGGAGGUGAAGCUGGCAUAUCAGGAGUCUGAGAUUGUAGCCCUCUUGAAGAAGAUUCCUUUGGGCACUAAUGAGAUGAACACUAUUCGAGGAAGAGCUGAAGAACUGAGAGAAGGGACAUUAUGUGAUUACCGUCCUGUCCUGCCGCUGAUGUUGGCUAGCUUUAUAUUUGACGUCCUGUGCACUCCAGUGGUUUCUCCUACAGGCUCUAGACCCCCAAGCCGUAAUUGGAAUAAUGAAAUGCCUGGAGACGAAGAGCUUGGUUUUGAGGCAGCUGUUGCUGCUCUUGGCAUGAAAACAACUGUCAGUGAAGCAGAACAUCCUCUGUUGUGUGAAGGCACCCGAAGGGAGAAAGGGGAUCUGGCACUAGCCCUGAUGAUUACUUACAAGGAUGAUCAGUCUAAGCUGAAGAAG